AAAAGCACAAUGAUCCGCUCGUGGAGUAUUGAUAACGGCACUGAUUCAAACGACAAUAUCAGCGUCCCGAUCCAGAAAUUAAACUGGGGUUUUGGUCCCAUCUUUCUGAUAACGGUCACUUGUGUCGCCUUCAUAUUGAACGUGGCGGUCCUGUUGUUAUUCAUCUGUGUACGCCGGCUGCGCUCGCUAUUCGCACUGUAUAUCUGCGCACUUCUGCUGUCGAAUGUCAUAUUCUGUGCGACGAACGACUGGAUGAUUGUGACCAAUCAGCUGUUUGGCACAUGGCCACUGAGCUAUGCAGCGUGUACUCUGCACAUGUACGCGGCGUGGGUGUGGACCGGAGUGACCAUGCAUCUGCACUUACUAAUCACCAUCAACCGCAUCUGGGCGAUCUCCUUCCCCCAUUCCUACCGCAACCACCACAACAUCAAAUCAGCACUGAUUAUGAUGGGGCUGAUAACGGCGUACGUCCAUAUCAUGUGCCUGCCGGGUGUCGUGCUGGAUGCCCUGUAUUACCGCGUUCCCGAUGGCUGUAGUCUGAAUACGGAUAAAAUGAUUGUCUGGGAUGCUGUUGUCAUGAUAGUAAUAUACGACGCUCCCAUUGCAGUGAUGGCUGGGGCGCUGCCGUUUUUAUGGUAUCAACAGCAUCGUAAGCGACGAUUGGUGUCGGUUACUCAAGCCAAUGAGCUCACCCGCAAAGCGACGGCCGUGGCACAUAGCUCGGCGCCGAAUGAGGUUUUUGAGAAAGGUACCCGAGAGCGGCAAAGAAGUGGGCAUCGAGGAUUUGCUGUGCUGACCGCGUUGACCAUUAGCGUAAUUCUCAGCUGGACGCCGAACCAGAUUUACUACACCAUCGCGGUGUUUCGGGAUGUGGAUAACGCGGUGGUGCGGCAGUUUGCGUUUAUUCUGUACUCUUUGCAAGCCAUUGCGGAUCCGGUGUUAAUUGUGUUGACGUUCCAGGAGGCGAGUGCUGUUCUCAAGAGACUGACUUUGUGCGAUACCAGUACCUGGAGGCCAUGA